AUGGCAGUUAUAUCAAGACAAACGUGUCAUUUGUGGAUACUGUUCAUCGUGUUUCGCAUGUGGAGUAUAGCAUCCGGGCAGAUUGUGUUUUCCAUCGCGGAGGAAGCGAGCCCGGGGACUACGGUCGGAAACGUGGCAAAGGAUUUCAAUCUUGACGUAAAGGACCUUGAAAACCGUGGAUUUCAGAUUGUUUCCGGACCCAACAAGAGGUAUUUCGAAGUAAAUACAAAGACUGGUGUUCUCCGCGUCAAAGAAAGAAUAGACAGAGACGAAAUAUGUGGCCAAAAUGUUAAGUGUACCUUGCCAUUAGAGGCCAUUGUUAAUUCCCCGAUGAACAUGUUCAGAUUCGAGGUGAAUGUUUUAGAUAUAAAUGAUAAUUCACCCACGUUCCGCUCCUCUGUAAGAGAACUAAAUAUCUCCGAGUUUGUUCUGCCUGGAGAGAGAUUCACCCUUCCCAGCGCAUACGAUGCAGAUGUGGGCAGCAACUCAGUAAGGAGCUACAAGCUAAGUCCCAAUGAGCAUUUUACCCUGGAUGUACAGAGCGGGGGGGAGAAGGAUGUAUCGGCUGAAUUAGUCCUGCAGAAAGCUUUAGACAGAGAGAAACAGUCGGUGGUACAGCUUACACUUACCGCUGUCGAUGGAGGCAAACCUCCCCGCACAGGGACAUUACAAAUCGUUGUAAAUGUUGAAGACAUAAAUGAUAAUAUACCGGUGUUUACUAAAGCGCUUUACAAGGCUCGUGUGCCUGAAAACGCGCCUCCUGGUACGUCUGUUAUCACAGUUCAUGCCAGUGAUUCUGAUGAGGGCCAGAAUGGCGAGGUGAUAUAUUCUUUUAUUAAUCACGACAAUGACAUACAAAUCAGUAAUUUCGCCAUCAACCCCGAAACUGGCCUCAUCACUGUGAACGGUAAUUUAGAUUUUGAAAAAAAUAAUGCUGUUGAAAUUCGAGUCCAAGCUAAAGAUAAGGGCCACAGACCAAGACAAGCACAUUGCAAAGUGUUAGUGGAAAUUGCCGAUAUUAAUGAUAAUGUGCCCGAAAUGUCAGUUACAUCUUUGAUGAACACAGUUAAGGAAGACGCUGCUAUUGAUACUGUUGUGGGGAUGAUAACGAUAAUAGAUGAGGAUGCAGGCAAAAAUGGUCAAGUUAAUUUACAAAUUCUUGGCUCUGUACCCUUCAAGAUACAAAACUCGUAUAAGAAUUAUUAUGCAUUACUUGUUAAUGGUCUACUAGACAGAGAGAGCGUUUCGCAAUAUGAUAUCACACUUGUCGCAGCUGAUGAAGGGACUCCCUCUCUCUCUAGCAGUAGUGUUAUUACGGUGCACAUUUCGGAUGUAAACGAUAACUCCCCACGUUUCCCUGAGCCAGUCAUCAAAGUUUAUGUGAGAGAGAAUAGUCAGAUAGGUGCCGUGAUACACACAGUGUCUGCCUUUGAUCCGGAUGUAGAUGAUAAUGCGAAAUUAUUGUAUUCACUGAUUGAAGAAUCAACAAAAGGCCCUUCUAUAUCAUCGUUGGUCAAUAUAAACGCGGAUAGCGGGGACAUAGUUGCGCUUCAGUCUUUCAAUUAUGAGGAGAUGAAAACUUUUCAAUUCAAAAUUAAGGUGACAGACUCCGGUGUUCCUGCUCUAAGCAGCAACGCGACGGUUAACGUUUUCAUUCUUGAUGAGAAUGACAACAGCCCCACGAUUCUCCCCCCUUACUCUGAACACGGCUCUGUUAAUUCUGAAAACAUUCCAUAUACGGCGGAAGCUUUGUAUUUUGUUGCCAAAAUCAGGGCCAUAGACGCAGACUCUGGAUAUAAUGCAUUGCUUUCUUAUCACAUCUCGGAACCCAAAGGAAACAACCUUUUCAAAAUUGGAACUAGCACAGGGGAAAUAAGGACGAAAAGGCGAAUGAGCGACAAUGACUUGAAAACUCACCCUCUGGUCAUUUCGGUUUCUGAUAACGGAGAGCCGUCACUGUCAGCGACUGUGUCUAUUGAUGUUGUGGUAGCUGAGACCACGGGAGAAACUCGGACUCAGUUUAAACGUGUUCCUAUGAAUGAUGAAACGUUUUCGGAUUUAAAUCUGUAUUUGCUGAUCGCAAUUGUUUCAGUAUCGGUCAUCUUUCUACUGAGCCUCAUCAGCUUGAUAGCUGUUAAAUGCCACAGGACAGACAGCAGUUUCAGUGGAUACAACCCGCCAAUGAUAACCACACAUCCUGACGGAACUUGGUCUUACUCCAAAUCUACACAGCAGUAUGACGUGUGUUUUAGCUCCGACACACUGAAGAGUGACGUAGUCGUUUUCCCUGCUCCAUUUCCGCCUACCGAUGCGGAACUCAUAAGCAUUAAUGGAUCAGACACUUUUACUAGGACACAGACGCUACCCAAUUGUGAGAAGGUAAGCAAAGUUCAGACUAAAACAUAG